UAAUUUAACUGCCUAUUUUGAAGUGGCAUUUAUGUGUGACCAGCUGUAAUGAAAUACUUAAUAGUAUUUUUUAAAUAUCGAUUGUAUCGAUAAUACUAGACAAGUUGUGGCCACUUUAUCAAAGCAUGGCAACUCCAAAAAUCUCUUGAGACCAUCGACGUUAUUGCAUCUCUAAUUCGCUCUUUUAAAAACACACGCUUUUUGUAAACUUUAUAAAAACUACAAAUAAGCUGUGUUACUACGUGGUUUAACCACUCAGGAAUCCUUAGAACUGACGGCACAAGAGGCAGUACCAGUUGCGGCUCAAGCGCUGAUCUGCGGGUAAAACAAGCGCCGCUUAGGGAAAACGCACGUGGGCCCGGCGAUGGAUGUGGAAAACGGCGAGGGGCAGGUGCAGGUGCACCUCAAAACCAAACAGGAACAUUAUGCGGUACCGGAUGUGCCGUACGCCAUCGAUGGAACCGUUGCCACCGUUGAACUAAACACAUUUGUCAACGCGUUGCUUCAGCAAAAGGAUGGCGUCGUCGUGGACUUCGACUUCUUGGUUUUCGACGAGUACCUGCGCGGCCGGCUAUGCGAUCACUUGCGGGAGAAGGCCAUCAGCUUCGAGGAUGCCAUUGAGAUCGAGUAUGUGGAGCGUUUUCCGGCGCCAGAGCCACAGGAUUGCCUGCUCCACGACGACUGGGUGUCGGCUGUGAAGGCUAGCGGCAAGUGGAUCCUCAGCGGAUGCUACGAUAACACACUGAAUAUCUGGACCAACAAGGGAAAGCACAUCCUCACCAUUCCCGGCCACACGGCGCCCAUUAAGGCAGUGGACUGGAUAUCGCUGGACGAGGAGAACGGUCGCUUUGUGUCCACCUCUCAGGAUCAGACGGCCAUGCUGUGGCAAUGGAACGUGGCCGCCAAUUCGGUCGAGUGCGUGUCCGUAUGCAAGGGUCACGAGCGUGGCGUCGACAGUGUGAGCGUGAGUCCUGAUGGCCAGCGAUUCGCCACAGGCUCCUGGGACACCAUGCUUAAGGUGUGGUCCGCCGAGCUGGAAGACUCCGCCGAGGGCACGUCCAAGCGGAUGAAGGAGAGCGGUGUGAGGACGCCAAAAAUGACUCUGCAGGGACAUCGAGAGAGCAUCUCAGCCGUCCAGUGGAUGGAUGCCUCUACGCUGCUCACCGGUAGCUGGGAUCACACACUGAAGGUCUGGGACCUGAGCCUCGAGGGCAUCAAGACCGAGAUAUCCACCAACAAGUCCAUCUUCGAUGCCAGCUACUCCAAGCUGAAUCGCCUGAUAUUGACGGCCUCCGCGGACAAGAAUCUGAGGCUCUACGAUGCCAGAACGAACCAGGGAUCUGUGGUACGCAACACUUACCUCGGACACAAUGCCUGGGUGCAGACCGUCAUGUGGUCCACCACGGAGGAGUUCCUCUUUGUCUCUGGCGCCUACGACAACCAGAAUAAGCUGUGGGAUUGCAGAAGUCCCAAGGCUCCGCUCUACGAUUUGCUGGGCCAUGGCGAAAAGGUCCUUGACAUUGACUGGUCCAACCCGAAGUACAUCAUCUCUGGCGGCGCCGACAACUCGGUGCGCGUUUUCAAGUCGCGCAAGGCGGUAUCGGAGGACGUGGAAAUCAAGUAAACCUAUUUUUUUUUAGAAAAAAUGAAAAUACGAGAUAAGUUUCA